AAGCAAUUUAAUUUAUUUGUAAAAGAAAAAUUUAUAAUAAAUUAAAUUGCAUAUAUGUAAGAUAUAUAUAAUAAUCCGUCCUCUUUCUUUUUAGGAGAGGUACUCUUCCCCCUGUUAGAAACAAUAUUAAAGCAACCAGUCUAUGAAAACGACUAGAUAUAUGAUAAUCGGGUUUGUUGUGGCGUUUCAAAGCAAAGUGUGCUAAUAACAAUUAGCACGUUUUUGACGGCAAUGUCGCGCUAUUUUCUUUUAUUAUAAAUUACAAUAGCACAUACCUGUCAGUGAGCGCGAAUUUAAAUAUGUUUUUAAGUGUUUUUACUGCAAUUAUUAAGAUAACUGUGUAUAACUAAAUAAGUAACGGUAUAGUUAUAACAGUUAAUAAUAAUAAUAAUAAUAUUAAUACCGAAUAUGUAAUGAUAUGUACAUUACUUAUGGUAUAAGAGCCCAGGAGCGCUUAUAUAACAUUAAGAAAUCACUAUUAACGGUUAAAACUAUAAAGCCAUAAGUUAAUUUUUUAAGCGACCUGUAAAAGAGUCAAUUCUCAAUUAUCCCUAUACGAUACCUCAUUACAUCAUUAUUCGAUGAAAAAAAACAAUGUUAGCCGAACAUAAAGAAGAUGUCGUAUAUCAAUGAAAUACGCGAUGUUAUAAAAAGUGACUUAUACGCUAUAUACAAGCAAACCAAUGCCAGAUUUAUGUACUACAUGUACGAAAGGAAGACAACAAUGUCGUUUAUAUAAGCCAUAACAAUCAAUAAAAAGAAACCAACUGAAUAUGUCUAUCUUCUAUCUGAAGAAAAGACACUAUCGCGUUUAUCGGACGUCGAGUUUGCUAUGGAAAUACGUUUUGUUUAUCAGCCAAUUUGACGAAGUAUAUCUAUUUUCUAUAAACGAUUAUUAUGACGACCGACGACGUAUCGACUCACGAUAUCGUACGAAUUCUCGAAAAAAAUGUGAGCAUUCUCAAGUCAGAAGGUUACGGUCCAGACAUAUCUCUCGAAUUCCGCGACAGGUUCGAAUUGUUUGGUAAGCUAUCAUGUGAUCUGACAGACAAACUCCAGUCGUUAUUGUACCUAUCCGAGAAUUACACCUCCGCGAGCGACCUUAAGCAGUUCAUAAACGGGAUUGUCGGUGCAUGGAGCUCUAUUAAUAAGCAGGUCUAUGAAAAAUGUUCCAAAAUUCAAAUGGGCAGUCGCACGCUAUCGGGGAUACCGUUAUCGUUGCUCCUUGAAAAAAUAAAGAGAGAGAGUUCUUCAACAAGGGAGUUGUUGCACACAUGCGAGACUAAAUACAGUCAUGAAUAUCUCGCGAGGUGUCACGUUUUGUUAAAUGAAAUCGAGGAUCUGUUACGUAAUCUCGAAAGAUCCGAUGAUAAGUUACAGCAAUACGUAGCUGUUCUGAAGUUGAAUCCAUUCCUUGUUAAGUUAGAAUCCGCUGUAGAUACGUAUAUCUCGAAUGUCGACAUAUCACCGAUCGACCAGUCCAAGUGUCCAAAACUGGACAUUUUUCCAAUUGUCGCGAAACUUCUCACCGGUGAAUUGCUUGACGACGAGCCCAUGGAUCCGUAUCGCGUUUUAGCAGAUAACGCGCCCAGGAAACCAGUUUUCAUUAUUAAAAUAAAACGCCGAACGGACGUUCCAUCGAUGACGGUCGUGGAAACGGUGUAGAAGUGCGAAAUUACGUGUUGCAACGAGAAUAAUAUGUUAUAUACAAGCUAUAUAUAAUAAAUACUUUGUAUUUCAGUAA